AACUCAGUCGCUGACAUUGACGAAAUUUCCUGGUCUCGCUUGUGUGCAGUGUGAAAUCAACAAGAGAGGCUCGAGGUAGGGUAGCCCUCUCCCUGGUCAGUCUGGUAUUUAUUAUAAAAGCAACUAAAGCCUCCGGAGACCAGACACCGUUUUAGUAUUUCAAAAGAUGGAUCCGAAACGGUGGAGCUAAAUGGUUUAUGUAUUGACACCUCCAGGUCGAACCUUUCCGUUAUUCAACAGCAAGUACACAAAAGAAUCAAUCAAAGACAAUAUUGGUGUUAAUGAAACUUCGCUACGAAUUAAGAGCUGGGGUUUCUAUACACCAUGUUGAGGUAAACCCAAAGAUUUUUUUGUUGAACAUGCUAAGGCGGUUGGAUAAAAUCCGAUUUCGAGGCCAGAAGCGAGAUGAGUUCCUGGAUAUAGUGGAGUCCCCCAACACAUCGGACACUGAAGGCAGCGAUGACUUCCUGGUGAAACCCAGAUCUUCCAGCAAAGACAUGGAGGACCUACGGGACACUGUUGGCUCAGGGGCUGCCAACAUGGCUGCUGCCAUCCAGGACUAUCAAAGGAGUGAGGUGGAUCGCCUAAAUGAGGUCAAGGGUCAUCUGGAAAUUGCCUUACUGGAGAAGCAUUUCUUACAGGAGGAGCUGAGGAAGCUGCGAGAGGAGACCAAUGUGGACGUGCUGAAGCAGGAGCUGGAGAAGGAACGGGGCAAGCGGCAGGACCUCGAGCAGAGGAUGACCGAAGUGCUCAAGACCAGGUUGGAAGAUUCGCCUCCUCAGCCUCCACGUAGGCAGCAGUCACCCUCCACCAGCGAAACAACAGAGAAACAGAAAGAGACCGUCUGCACAAGAAUGCAGAGGUGGCUGUAUGACCGGUUUGGUGUCUACAUCGAGGACUUUCGCUUUCAGCCUGAGGAGACAACCGUGGAGGCCGAAGAACCACUAAGUGCUAAAAGGUUAACAGAAAAUAUGAGGCGCCUCAAACGAGGUGCAAGACCUGUCACAAAUUUUAUGAAGAACCUCUCCGCCUUAUCCAACUGGCAUUCUGUCUACACAUCAGCGAUUGCCUUCAUUAUCUACAUGAAUGCUGCAUGGCAUGGCUGGGCCAUUCCCAUGUUUCUGUUUUUAGCCAUUCUGAGGUUGUCCUUGAAUUACCUCAUCGCAAGAGGCUGGAGGAUCCAGUGGAGUAUCGUGCCUGAAGUCACAGAGCCUGAGGAGCCUCUAAAGGAAGACUUAACUGUGUCGGAAAAAUUCCAGUUAGUUCUUGAUGUUGCACAAAAAGCACAGAACCUUUUUGGUAAAAUGGCAGAUGUUUUAGAGAAGAUUAAGAAUUUGUUCAUGUGGGUGCAGCCCGAGAUCACUCAGAAGCUGUACAUCGCUCUGUGGGUGGCCUUCAUCUCCUCCUGUGUCCUUCCCUACAAACUCGUGGGCUUUCUUUUAGGGUUGUACGCAGGCAUCAAGUUCUUCAUCAUCGACUUCCUUUUCAAGAGCUGCCCCAAACUGCGGGACAAGUAUGACACGCCGCGCAUCGUGUGGAACAACCUCCCCACGGACCCCCAGCUGAAGGAGCGCAGCAACGCCACCGUGUCCAGACGGGUCCAACCGGUUGUGUCACGAAGUAGCCUAGCAACAGCCCCCUGUGGUGUCAGCCGUGAAGAGGAAAGUAGCCGAGCGCACAACCUCAAGAAAGGGGCCUUCCAUGAGGUCUUCAAUCUAUCGGAGACUGAGCGGCCCUUACCAGUGUGUGAGAAUGGCUGGAGAUGCUGCUUAAUCAACAGAGACAGGAAGAUGCCCACAGACUACAUCCGAAAUGGAGUCCUCUAUGUCACAGAAAACUACCUGUGCUUUGAGAGCUCGAGUUCCCGGUCAGGCUCUUCAAAGAAGAACAAAGUCAUCAAGCUUGUUGAUAUCACAGACAUACAGAAGUACAAAGUCCUGUCUGUUCUACCUGGCUCUGGAAUGGGGAUUUCCAUAGCCACUCCCUCUACUCAGAAGCCCCUGGUGUUUGGUGCCAUGAUCCACAGAGACGAGGCCUUUGAGGCGAUCUUCACCCAGUACAUGAAGAUUAUGACCACAGCCACUCCUGAGACCUAGCGUCCACCUUAGAUGGCAGCCGGGUGGCCGCUAGCACUGCUGCACCGCUGGGCCGUGGGACUGGCCGAUGUCUUGUCCACUCCCCCCGUCUCACACUGCUGAUCUGGGCUCAGGGCCACGGCACACUGUCUCACUGUCUCUCCCUCUCUCUCGCUUAGUCUCAGCCUGGCCGGGCCCACUUGCCAUCCCUGUCAUGGACGGAGGGACGCCAGGCUCCAUGUGACAUGGGUCAUGGGAGCACAUUCCUGUUCCGAGUUUGGUGUGUGUGUGUGUGUGCGUGUGCGUGUGCGUGUGUGUGUGUGUGCGCGCGCGUGUGUGUGUGUGUGUGUGUGUUGUCUCUGUCUACAGGACUGGACAGGCCGAUUCUUUUUAAACACGUGACAUUUCAUCCUGGAGGGAGGCUGGAUCUCCUUGCCUGCCAGAUUUUGUGUCUCUUUCACUUUCAAGUGUGUGUGUGUGACUCACAGAGAACUGUGGGUUUGUGUGAGUGUGUUCAUUUUGCUGUCUAAUAUCUGUGGUUACAGUAUGUUCGAGUGUGAUUAUCACUGCUGGUAUUGCACGGGGGUUAUGGGUUAUUACAUAGGGGGACACAGACAAUUGUGCAAAUGACAAAAACAAAGUGAAGCCUUUUUGUAAGUUGACAUUGUUGCUGUGUGUGUGUAUGAUAUCUCACAGUGCAGCAGCAGUGUGCUUCAGGUGUCUUUUUAUGUCAAAAUACUACAGACUUAUUCAGCUGUGAGGGUCUGUGUAGUUACUUACAGGUAUGAAGUUAUUUAAAUGCCUUUCUUUUGAGCCAUCAGUAUUUUUUGUUGUUGUCGUUGGAGCACUUGGAACGAAUGCUGUGAGCAGAUUGAAUGAACUUGUCAGAGACUGAAGCACAUGUGUAGGAAGUGGUUACUUCUAGUAACAUACAGUAACAGGUCACCCACAUUUUAGUGUUUCUGCUAUGAAUGACCGAUAAUUUCAACCUGCCAACAUUACAAAUACAGUAGGAUAGGGUUUCCUCAGUGAGGUUAGGAGAAAAUGUUUCAUAUGAACUAAGUAUUUACUGUAGCUGUACCUUAGCUGGAUAUAAGGAGUUAUGACUGAAAUUGAGCUAUAUGUGCACUAUGAUUUUUGUUGAAUUUCUCUUUCUUUAUUGCAUUGUGUUCGUCUCAAAAGGUCAGAAAGAAUGAACAAUGACUUUCUGACCACAAAUGAACUGAAGUGUAAUACAUUAUUUAAAUUGUUUCUUAAUUGGACAGGUUAACACUGUUUUGGAGGAUGAGUAAAAAUGCGCACCACCAAACACAUCAGUUAUUAUGUCAUCUGCACAACAUAUUUAUCUCGUUAAAUUCACAGAGAUAAUGAAUAGAACUGAAAGACGUAUUGUAAACUGUGACAUGCCGUCAACCAAAUACUGUAUUAGUGUCAGCUUCCUAAUUAAAAGUUAGCCACGCACACAUUUAGUGGUCUGAUUUAAGGCUAUUUGUGCUAAAGCAAUCCUGAGAUCACUGUAUUGGCCACUGUUACGAUAAUUUACCUGCCACAAAGUUAUGGUAGCUCAUUGGAGAUGUAACAUAGGGAAAUCUAUCACAUAAAUUCUUAGGAGAUGCUAAUCAAGUUUGGGUAAUUAAUAUUCAAAAUAUUAACAUUAGGUAGAGCUCUCAAUCUUUUCUAUUUAGAUCUGUGUAAAGGUUUCAAGCAUUUUAACCGUCUUAUGUAUACAUUAGGUAAACAUAAUAUAAAUCCAUAUGUGAAAAGGGCACCGACCUUAUCAAAGGCAUUAAAUACAUAAAUUAUGUAGUGUGAUAUUCUGGAGUAAGCUCCAGAUUCUCGAUGGGUAGGACCUUUGCAGUCUCGGUAGGAUUGUUGUGGUAUUGACAUGCACUGAAGACCAUUACUCUCCAUAAUAUAAUUUAUGAUAAACAAAUAAAGGUAGAACGUAUACCUAACUGAUACAGAAAAAACACUUAAUGUGGAUCUUGUCAUUGUUGAGACAUACAGUACAAAUGUACCCACAGUUUGUUAUAAUUAUUCCACUAAAAUGGUCCCAUUGAAUCGUAAAUAUAUCAAAAUUAAAGCACUUCUCAAUGUCUGGGGAGGAUCUGGACACAAGGUUAGGCCCUUGAUCACAGGCAUAGAAGCACAGAAUGUAUUGUGUGAGCAAUAGUUUUGCCAAAUUUUGUUUUCUUCUGCGUUUUCACUGGCCAUUUUUUGCCUAACUGUGAUGUUUACGAUGGGCUGGGAGCCAUAAGCCCAGAUUGUGUAGAAGUCUGUCUGAACCCUCCGCACUGGACAAGGGUCAUGAAGACUGGACAAAUAUCUCUCAGAAAGAUGGGGACAUUUCCAUGACCACUCAGUAUAGCUCUAUGGCAGCCCUGUGGUCAUCGUUGAAUAACAACAGGCCUUUCCUCUGAUGUUGAAUUUCAAAAUCUCAUUAAAAUAUACAGUCAUUGUGCAGGCAACAUGACUUGAUUAGUUGUGCUCUAGUUGAGAGAUUUCUUUUGAAUGGUAAUCAGAGUAUAGCCAGGCCAUUACCAGCCCCAUCUGGAGAUGAUCACAGCUUGUGCUAGAGACUCAUAGUGCUUCAUGACCACUCAACACUGGUGUAUUUGUGUGUGGCUCUCUAUGUUAACAAAAGUAUUUGUUCUGUGUGUAAAUGUUCUCCCAAGUAUUUUCAUAAUAGUCUCAUACGGUAUCACUGUAAAGCUUCAUUUACUAAUGUCAUCUGAGAGAUGUGAAUUAUUAUUUGUCAUCAGUGUCAUCGGUGUCCGAAGACAAAUGACUAUGAAGUUUAUAAUAAAACAAAUCUGUAAUAAAGAUGUUCGGUUUUUAAAUGACA